UACUCUUCCAUGGAUCUCUCUGUCAGCACCGCUCUUCUCCUGACCAUCUCCUGCUGCCUGGGGAAUACUGAAGCCCGACGUUACAAUUAUAUACUCACUGUACCAAAUGGGGGUGCCUGGGGUAACGGGGGCUCAAGUGAGUUUUGCCCUGAAGGCUAUACAAAUGGCUUCUCCCUAAAGGUAGUACCACCCCAAGAGAAAGGUGACGAUACAGCUCUGAAUGGAAUCCGUUUGUACUGUGACAAAGGCAAUACAAUUGAGUCUACAGUUGGACCGUGGGGAGAAUGGACUGCCACCCAGUUCUGCAACUCAGGCUACCUGGUCUCUUUUUCUAUGAGAGUGGAAGGCCCUCAAGGAGAAGGUGAUGAUUCGGCAGCUAACAACAUCCAGUUCGCCUGCAGUGAUGGUCAAGGCAUGAUGGGCGAGGGCCUGAGUUGGGGUGAUUUUGGCCCAUGGAGCCUUCGCUGCCCCUUGACUGGUAUAUGUGGGAUACAAACAAAGGUGCAGGCAAGACAGAGCGAGGAUGAUGACACAGCACUCAAUGAUGUGCGUUUUUACUGCUGUUAA